AGCUACGCCCCUUCCUCCCCCAGUGCCUGUCUACCCAUGUUUGAUGCUUGGGGUUAGAAAGGCUGACCUUGUAGCCCCUCACCUUCCCUCCCCAAUGCACUGGGCUGGCUCAGCAGUUGACCAAUGAGAGUUAUGCUUGCAGGCCAGCCUUGGGUGAGUGGCCCAGGAACUGUUUGCAAGGCUGUGUUGAAGCUACUUGCAACUAGACCAUCUUCCUAGCUUGACCAUGAGCUUGUUCAAAGCGUCUCUGCUCAGUCUCCUCUGUAGCUCUGUAGGGAUGUGAGCCCCGGCUUCCGAGGAUCCGAAGAGGAAGCUGCAGCCGUGACUGUCCCAUUUCAGUCUGUCUUCCUCCUGCCUGGCUCAUGUGGCUCCUGCCCCUCUACGUGGCUUGGGGUGGUCAUGGACACAGGCCAGAGAGCUGGCCCAAGCAAUCCUGGUGACAAAGAAGGGGACGUUCAAGUGCUGAGGCAGGAACUCCACCAGCUCCAGGCUAAGCAGAAGAAGCUCAAGAGGGAGGUCGAGAAGCACAAGUUUUUUGAAGACUAUCUGAUUGAGGUCCUUGAGAAAAUCCCCGAGGGCUGCACGGGAUGGGAGGAGCCGGAGUUGGGGCUGGUGGAGGCCAUGGUGAAGCACUACGGAAAGCUCAUUGCCGCCAGCCAGGACAUGCAGAUGCGCCUCGACGCCUUCUCCCAGAUGAGCCAGGCCGUCCGCCGGAGCCUGGAGUCGCUAGAGGAGGACCACAGGGCUCUCGUGCCGAGCCUCAAGAUCCAGCUGUGUCAGCUGCAGAAGAAGUGUCGCCGCAAGCAGGAGCAGUGGUGGCAGCUGAAGCAUGGCGUCACCUACCAGAAAGACACUGACUUUGACAUACACACACAUACCAGCAGCAGCUGUAACGAUCAGCUGCUCAGCUACAUGCAAAUGACCAUCAACAACAUGGCCCAGCAGUGCUGCCCCUCUGCCCGCGGCAUGCCCAAGAGGAUGAGUCUCUUCUCCAAGCUCGAUCUGAUUAAGGAGUUCAUGUUUGACAAAAUGGAGACCGUGAGAGUGAUCACACUGCUUAUGGAACCCAGAGUGUGUCGGUCAUGGGACAGCCUCAGGGACCAGGAGCUCAGAAGACACCCCAGACCCUUCAGGAAACAUCCAAGGAGCCGGCUUUCUACCCCCAGGACCCCCUUUCCCAGCCCCCGUACUUCAGAGUGCUCCAGCCUGCACUGACUGGCCUGCGCCGUGCCGGCCCCGAGGCAUCAUGACCUCUCCUUACCUGUCUGGCCUCCUUUUCUUGCCACCGACACCUCCAAGCCAG